GGCAUUUCAAUAUUUCAAACAAAGAUAUGAUUAGUAAAUAAGUGAAUCAGUUAUAAAUGCAAUUCUGCAGCACUUCAGAUCUUCCCAUGCAAAAGAGAAUCACAAUUAAGCCAAAGAUGAAGAGGAAACAAGUAUCCCUUGUUUUUGCAAUACUUCUGCUUAUAGCUACUCUUCCAAGUCAUUCCACUGCCUCUGUGGCUAUAGAUGCAGCGUCUGCAGAGCUUGAUCUGGAAACUGCACCAGCAAGAAAGAGUUUGGUGGCCACAAAACACAUGUUAGCUACUCGGCUCAAUUCCAGGAAGCUGGUUGCCGUUAAGAAUGUUCACAAAGUUCCAUCAGGGCCAAACCCCAUCGGAAAUCAGCAGUUACCACCAUUUACCCACUCAUGAAUGAGAGGCCGGCCGGGGACACUUGCCAUGGAUAUCAUGCAAGCAAGCAGAAGUAAAAAUGGUUUUGACGCAUUUUUGGGACUAUAUCAGUCAGACGAGUUUCUGGGAUUAGGGUUAAUGAUCAUUUGCUUUGCACUAGUUUUUAACCUAUUUUAUAACAUAAUUGCAGCAGUAAUGCAUGCUAUCGGGGCUAGCUUUUUAUUUGUAUGUUUUGAUAUUAUGUAGACCUGCAUAGUCUAUUGCAUUUUCCUGAUCUUGAAGUCAACAACAACAUGAGGUAGUUUGGCCUUGGCUUUC